CAUACCAUGUGGAUUUACUGGCGGUUGACAACAACCCUCAUCGAAUAUUCAAAAAGUAUUACAAUAAUGAGAUGUAUGCGCCAAUCCAAAGAAAGAUAGGCGGGAGGAAGACAGCCCGCGGUGCCGACUCCCAUUGUUAGGGCGGAGAGACAAGUUUCUUGUCAGAAUAUACAUAUUCUUUGAGACACCUACAUUCAGUAAAGGUACCCACAAUGCCCUAUGCAAGAAUUAACAUGGCGUCUAUGGUGCUGUUUUGAUCAUACCGCAAUGGUUUUGAUCCGUGAAUGAAAACAACAAAAUACUGAGCAGGAAGAUUAAGAGAAAUUAGACGUAUUUUAGAGCUAAAAUCUGCAUAUUACAAUUUUCAUUGGACUAGCUGCCUCCCCAUUCUCAAUACACAGUAGUAGUUAGUUUUCUUCAGCCCGGGUGAGGGAGAGGACUGGAUCGAGGCAUGGAGGAAUCAAAAAUCCCCCUAAAAUUAAUCAAGCCCUCUCACAAUGAGGCCAGGGGAGCCAUAGUUCCAUCCUCCACCAGGUCCCUGAAAGAGGCUCCAGCGACUCAGAGAGAGGGGCCUGGCCCCAAGCCUGCCACUGCCUGCCGGAGCAAGGAGAACAUCACCACAGCCAGGGAGGACCAUAAGGACCAAGGCAGUAACCGUGGGACAGGCAGAGCCUCCACAGCCAGCCCUCAGGACCCAGGGAGAGGGAAGCCUCGCAGGCUGACUGGGAGGGCGAGCUCUGGGGAGAGGAGGAAGGGGAAGGUGGGACUGGGAGGCCAGCAGCAGGCUGGGCAGGGGGGUGACGCUAGGCCCAUGGUGGCUACAGGCAGGAGCCCGGCUGGUGGAGGGAGAGACACAGGGUCAGGUACGGUGGCCACCUCAUCCGACGAAGUCCUUACUGCACAGACCAAGACCCCCAAGAUGGGGCCGUUGAAGGAGAAGUCACCUGGCGUGAAGGCCGGUGGUGUGUUGGAGACAGUGGAGGUGUCAGGGGUCAAUGAGGAGGGUCAUGGGAGGAACAUGACCUCUGAGCAGAAGCUGGGUCUCAGACAGGCUGAGGAUCGCCUCUACAGAGACUACAUACACAGACUGGUCAAGCCGUCUCCAGAGUACCCUAACUUCCAGUACCUAUGCAAGCUAUGUUCAAUACACAUAGAGAACGUACAGGGGGCACACAAACACAUCAAGGAAAAGAGACACAAGAAGAACAUCAUGGUGAGAGAAAAAGAGAAGCAGGAGGAGAACGAGCUGCGUGCGCUGCCUGCCCCCUCCCCAGCCCAGCUCAGAGCCGUGGACGCAGCCGUCCUUCAGGUCACCCAACAACAUGGCAUCUCUGACCAGGACUUCCUGAUGAGAAAGGAAGUGGUCACCAGGAUGGAGAUCAUCAUCCAGCAGCACCUCUCAGUUUGCGCCCUCCGCCUCUACGGCUCCUGUCUCACCCGAUUUGCCUUCAAGACAAGUGACAUCAACAUUGACGUCACCUACCCCUCCACUAUGACUCAACCAGAUGUGCUGAUACAAGUACUGGAAAUCGUGAAGAACAGUGCUCAAUAUUCUGAGGUUGAGUCUGACUUUCACGCCAAAGUUCCAGUAGUGUUUUGCAGAGAUGUCAACAGUGGGUUGAUGUGCAAGGUGAGUGCAGGUAACGAUGUGGCCUGCCUCACCACCAACCACCUGGCUGCCCUAGCUAGACUGGAACCCAGACUGGUGCCUCUGGUCCUGGCCUUCCGCCUCUGGGCUAAGUUGUGCCAUAUUGACUGCCAGGCAGAAGGGGGAAUCCCAUCCUACUCCUUCUCCCUCAUGGUCAUCUUCUUCCUCCAACAACGCAGAGAGCCCAUCCUUCCUGUCUACUUCGGCUACUGGAUCGAAGGCUUUGAUGUGAAGGCUGUGGAUGAGUACCAUCUGACGGGGAUAGAGAUGGAUAUAUUUGUGGGGUGGGAGCACCGGCCCCCCAGUACAGAGGGACGGGGGGACGUCAGGGGGGAAGGAGGGAAGGCCAAGCCUGAGCAGAAAAAAACUGCUGUGAAGAACCAGCAUACAGAGGGAAUGACGCGCCUGGCCCUGGACCUGGGAAAGGGGGUGUCCCUGGGCCAGCUGUGGCUGGAGCUGCUUCGGUUCUACACUCUGGAGUUCGCCCUGGAGGAACGCAUCAUCAGCAUCCGCCUCAAAGAACUCCUCUCCAGAGAGAUGAAGAACUGGCCCCGACGAAGGCUGGCCAUCGAGGAUCCGUUUGCCCUGAAGAGGAAUGUUGCCCGCAGCCUGAACAGUCAGAUGGUCUUUGAGUACGUCCAGGAGCGCUUUCGUACUGCCUACAAAUACUUUGCCUGCCCGCAGAGCAAGGACAGGAACACAGGAGAGCGCCAGAGAGGCAAGAAGACAUGCAAACAUGGCCACAUGAAACCGGAGGAAGGAGACGGAAAGGGAGGAGAAGAGGUGGCUGAGAAGAGUGGAGGUGGAGAGCGCAAUGGGAAGGAAGGGAACGGUCUGAGCUCUGAGACAGGACAGAAGGAGGAUGAUGAGGGUGAAAGUGAUGAAGAGGAUGGAGCAGAACGGGCAUUAAACGCUGGCCUUAUGGACUUGGUCCUCAGUGAGGGGGACAGUUCUACAGAUGGGACUGGAACUGAGCCUGGCGCUACCCUGGAGCAUUCCUCCGCCUCCCCCUCGCCCCAGAACGGUCUGCUGGACAGUGAUGAAGAGGAGGAAGAGGAAGUUAAGCCUGUGUUUGAGAUGCAGGGACAUAUUGCACCAGAAGACCUGCAUUAUAUAUUUGACAGGAUGAUCUUCACAGGAGGAAAGCCUCCUACAGUCGUGUGCAGCAUCUGUAAGAGAGAUGGCCAUCUGAAGGACGAUUGUCCUGAUGACUUCAAGAAGAUCGAGCUCAAACCGCUGCCUCCCAUGACCGAUCGCUUCAGAGACAUCCUGGAUGGCCUUUGUAGACUCUGCUACCAUGAGCUGUCCCCCUCUCUUGGAGAGCAGCAGAAGAGAGAGCAGGUCAUGGGUAGUCUGGAGAGGUUUAUACGAAAGGAAUACAAUGACAAGGCCCAGCUGUGUUUGUUUGGCUCCUCCAAGAACGGCUUUGGUUUCCGUGACAGUGACCUGGACAUCUGCAUGACCUUGGAGGGCCACGACACCGGAGAGAAGUUGAACUGCAAAGAGAUCAUCGAAGACCUAGCCAAGGUGCUAAAGAAACACGCAGGUCUGAGGAACAUCCUGCCUAUUACAACAGCCAAAGUGCCUAUUGUGAAGUUUGAACACAGACCGAGCGGACUGGAGGCAGACAUCAGCCUCUACAAUACGCUGGCUCAACACAACACCAGAAUGCUGGCUACCUACGCGGCUCUCGACCCUCGCGUGCAGUUCCUUGGAUACACCAUGAAGGUGUUUGCAAAGCGCUGUGACAUAGGUGACGCAUCCAGAGGAAGUCUGUCGUCCUAUGCAUACAUCCUCAUGGUGCUCUACUUCCUGCAGCAGAGACAGCCCCCCGUCAUCCCUGUUCUACAAGAGAUCUUUGACGGACAUACUGUACCACAGAGGAUGGUGGAUGGUUGGAAUGCCUUCUUCUGUGAUGACCUCGAGGAACUGCGUCGUCAUCUGCCAGAGCUGCAGCAAAACCGUGAGUCUGUGGGGGAGCUGUGGCUGGGCCUGCUCAGGUUCUACACCGAGGAGUUUGACUUUAAGGAGCAUGUCAUUAGCAUCCGCCAGAGGAAACGACUCACCACCUUCGAGAAGCAAUGGACCUCCAAGUGCAUCGCUAUUGAAGAUCCCUUUGACUUGAAUCACAAUCUUGGUGCUGGAGUUUCUCGCAAAAUGACUAACUUCAUCAUGAAGGCCUUUAUCAACGGCAGGAAGCUGUUUGGUACUCCCUUCUACCCCCAGCCUGGCUUGGAGGCGUACUACUUCUUUGACUCCAAGGUGCUAACGGACGGGGAGCUGGCACCUAAUGACAGGUGCUGUCGGGUCUGUGGCAAGAUCGGACAUUACAUGAAGGACUGCCCCAAGAGACGCAGGUACACUGGGAGAGAACAUCAGGGGAUGAGGAAGAAGGAGAACGAGAAAGAGGAGGAUGUGAAGGAGGGAGACGAACAUGAGCCGCGGGAGCGUCGCUGUUUCCAGUGUGGUGACAUGGGUCACGUACGAAGGGACUGCCAAGAGUACCGUCAUCUUAGACAGAGAGCCGCAGGGGGACUAGUUCCCCACAUGGUGCAAGCCAUGGUGAGCUCCCAGUCCAUCCCCAUCCCCCAGCCUCCACAGGAUCGCCCCGGACGCACCAGACAACCCUCCGAAUGUUCUGAUUCCCACCAGACUCCGCCCUACUCCCCCCAGCCCAACCUGUUCUCCCAGGGUUCCAGCCAAUCCUCCAGCUCCCCCCAAUCCUCCUCCUCCAAGACCUCUGCUGGAGUGGGACCCCCUAAGCAGCCCCAACACCCCCAGGUUCCCCUCUCUCUCUUCGGCUUCCCUCCCUCCCACCCGGGCCAGUACCACCACUCUGCAGCUCUCACUGCUCUGGGACUGCUGCCGUCCCACCACAACCAGCACCAGUCACAUCAGGGGCACCAGGUUCAUCACCAACACCACCACCCCUCCAACUCCUGGCCCAUCCACGGCCCCAUCCUCCAGACUUCCAACGGCCCUGGAGGGCCCUCCCCGCCCGGCCUUAAAUUCCCUCUGCACCAGGCCCCUGGGCCAGGGAACGGGAACACAGGGCCAGGGGGAUCUUUGGGGGGUGGCAGCCUUAGCCCUAUGAACCUAAACGACCCUAGCAUCAUCUUCGCCCAGCCGGCGGGGAGGCCCAUGGGCCUGGGAGGAGGGCAGGGACGUGACAGGCACUGGCACAACCACCUGGCACAACAGGGGGCAAUGGUGGCUAACGGCACUGUGGGCAAGUCAGACCCAGGCUACAAGACCCAGUUUGGGGGGGUGAGCCAGCAGGGUUCUAGGACCUGGGAGCACAGCAACGCGGCCCACUACUCCCUGUCCCCGUCCUGGUCUUACCGCAUGCCACAUAACUUCAUCCAGCAGGGCAACGGGGGCUACCCACAACCCGGCAAGCCCUUCAUGUCCCAAGGUAAGAGGCUCUGCGAUAGAGAGAUACGGAUUAGAGGUCUUCACCGUUUCAACAGACCUGAAAUUCUGAGAUCUGACUCGGGACCCAAUUGGGUCCUGGCCCUAAAAUCUGACUUCUGGGUCGGGUCUGACACAAUUGCCACGGGUACCAGGUUCUGUGGUGCACCCCAAUCAGCAUUUCCCGCUCCUCCCCCACGGACGACAUCACGUCAACCUCAACUACAUCCAGCAGAAGAAAUGAAUUGUGAACUCUGCUCCCAUAGCAUCUUCUUUCAUUUAGGCGUCAUGGUCCUCCACCCUGACAAAACAAAAACGAUAUCUUAACUUUGCAUCUUCUGGUCACAAUACUUUUUAAAAUGAAUUUUAUCAUUUUUGUACAGUUUUUACGUGUUUUGUCUCAUUACAUUGAUUUGUGAUACAAAUGUAAAAUAUUUUAAUACCCCCAUUUCUGAAGGGGUCCAAAAAGUGUUUUUAUUUUGUGUAAAGUAAGGAGGUAAAAAUUGUCCUUUAUUUUUUUUAGCUGUGUUCAUACUUUGCUUGCUUAAUAAGGAUCAAAGCUUUGAAUAGACAUUUGUUCAAACAAAAAAUAACAUUUAACAUGUCCACUCCUAUCAGAUAAUUAUGUAGUGCCAAAAAGAUCUAUAGUAAUGGGGGGAAAAAAGAAGGAAAAAAAAGAAAAAAACAAAGCCAUAAAAAAUAAAGUUAAAGCAAACA